AUGACCAAUGAAGCAGCAAGCAUUGAGCAAGCAGGUACCAUGGAUCUUAAUGCACAUGCAAGUGCAGAAAGACUGAAAAAAUUCUCCCCAAAAACCCAGCAAGCAAGUGAGGAGCAAGUCGGGACCAAGAACUCAAAGAAUACAAAGCAAGGAAGUGAGGAGCGGACGAUAGACAAGGUUUCUGCGAAGAUUCAGCCGUCAAGCCAUGAGCACACAGACACUGUGGACAGCGUCAAGCGGCACGGACAGAGAAGCGAGGAAGAAAAACCUCAGAAAAUCUCCAAAAAUACUCAACAAGAAAGUGAGGAGGAGACAGCGCUAAAGAUACAACCAGCAGAUCCUUCAAGCAAGGAGGAAAAAAAUGCCCAUAAAGUUUCAUCCAAAACCCCAGAGGCGAGUGAAGAGACAGAACUGGAAGAAGAGGAAGAGAAAGAACUGGAAGAAGAGGAAGAGACCGAAGAGAAGCAAAAAAGUCAACUAGACACCCAAUACACAAGCAACGAGCAGAGGCCAAGCAAAGACGGGAAAGAAAGUAUAGAGCAGACCAAAGACAAGACAUCGCCAAAUAAUGAACAAGAAAGCAAUGAGAAAGAGAAUGUAAAAGUCGGGAAAGAUAUUAAUGAAAGUGUAGAGCAGACAAAAGACAAGACAUUGCCAAAUAAUGAACAAGAAAGCAAUGAGAAAGAGAAUGCAAAAGGUGGGAAAGAUGUUAAUGAAAGUGUAGAGCAGACAAAAGACAAGAGAUUGCCAAAUAAUGAGCAAGAGAGCAAUGAGAAAGAGAAUGCAAAAGACAUUAAAGAUGUGAACGAUAGUAUAGAGCAGACGAAAGACAAGACAUUGCCAAAUAAUGAGCAAGAGAGCAAUGAGAAAGAGACGGCAAAAGAUGGGAAAGAUACGAACAAAAGUAACGAGAAGACUAAAAGCAAGACAUCUCCAGAUAAUGAACAAGUGAGCAAUGAGGAAGCAGAUGCCAAAGACGACAGAGCUACAGACGCAAGUGAGGAGCAGACAGGAAAGUGUAGACCUAAUGAGAAAAGUAAAGAGGGUGUGAGUGGCAGAAAGCAGAAAAAGGCCUUUGGAAGCAGCGUGGAGUUGGACAUGCAAGAGCCAAGCCAAAGCGCUUCUGUGGAAGACGACAGCGCAGAGGAAACGCCAGAGGCAACCAGCACUAGUGAAAAUGAUGACACGGAUGAUGAUACAUCGGAGGCGAUCAGUUCAGAAGUGGAGCCAGAAGAAGAACUUCCCUCAGUCCCAGUGACAGCAAACCCAGCAGCAGCUGACACGGACCCAUGA